AUGCCAACAUUCCGAAUGAAAAGGCCGCGGAGUCCUGACUCUGCGGGGAUAUCGAAUUACAAACGUCAGAGACUAAUUGAAGAUUUGCAAAACCUUAGCAUAUCUGAUAAGAGUCCGUCAACGCCGGUAGCAGGCGUUACUACUGCUAAAGUUGUCCCAGAUGCUUUAAACGACGAGAUUUGGAAAGCUGUCAGUGGCCAAAGAACCGCGGGUGAUGAUAUUUACGGUCAGCUUUGGAGCAGAAUCAGGAGUAGCAAUUUACAGGUUAUUAAAUGGUACGAUGGACCAAAAUUAGUUUAUCUAUCAUGGCUAUUCUGGUUUCAAAGAGAGACUAACUCGAAAGAGAUGGAAGUGGAAGACAUAUAUCACGACCAGAACACUCACAAUGAGGGUAAUUAUAACGGCUACGGAUUUGAGCCUAUGCUUAUAGAUUUUUGA